CACAAGAUGGCGGCGCUGGCCGAGUCUGAGGCGGCCGAAGAGGCUCCGGCGUGAGCGGACCCCGCUCCCCUCGUCGUCGUCCACGCCCUCCCGCCCGGGCCAUGGCCGCCGGCCGGGCCCUGCCGAGCGCCGCGGCGCAGUGAGGCGAGGAUGUGCGAGAGCUACUCGCGCUGGCUGCUGCGCGUCUCGGUGGCCCAGGUGUGCCAGGCGCUGGGCUGGGACUCGGUGCAGCUCUCCGCCUGCGACCUCCUCACCGACGUCCUCCAGCGCUACCUGCACACCCUGGGCCGCGGCUGCCGGCGCUACUGCGAGCUGUAUGGCCGAACAGAUCCAAUGUUGGAGGAUGUUGGGGAUGCCUUCAAGCUUAUGGGGGUCAACCUGCACGAACUGGAAGACUACAUCCUCAAUAUCGAGCCGGUCACUUUUGCGCAUCAAAUCCCCUCAUUCCCCGUCAGCAAGAACAACGUCUUGCAGUUCCCCCAGCCCGGAAGCAAAGAUGCGGAAGAGAGGAAAGAGUACAUUCCCGAUUACAUGCCGCCCAUCGUCUCUUCUCAAGAAGAGGAAGAGGAAGAGCAGGUACCAACCGAUGGCGGAACAUCAGCAGAAGCCAUGCAAGUACCUUUGGAGGAGGAGGGCGAGAUGGAAGAAGACGAGGCCGUUAAUGACGAAAAUUACCUGGGCAAGCGGCCACUAGAGAGUCCCGAAUCUGAGGAGAUGCCCGCUACGAAGAAGCCAAAACUUACUAGUGUGAAAGUCGAGGAUGGGACUCCAGAGCCCCGUGAGCCUCUUAGUUUAAUAAACACCCAGAAGAUUCCACCAAUGCUUUCCCCAGUUUGUGUCCAGGACAGUGCUGAUCUGGUUCCUCUCUCUCCAGAACCACCCAUAUUGGCUCCCAUUUCAAAAUCCCAGUUGCCGGUUCCCAAACCACUGGAGUUGAAAGCGUUUGGGCCUAAAGCCAAGGGGAAAUCCAGCUCUCCAGGCCAGAAAACGAAAACUCCCAAAGUUCCUCCAUCCCCGGCAGUCGUGGGAAGCCCCCUUCGCUCGCCAAAGACUGGAUCCAAAGAGAAGAAGUCUCCGGGCCGGGCCAAGAGCCCCAGAAGUCCUAAAAGUCCCAAGGUUCCGUCUCAUGUUCCUCUCGUGGCAAUUAAACAGGAGGCACCGAGUAGGAUCCCGUUAGCCGCGUUAAGUGAGAAGACGGGGAAGGAGAACGUGCAGGUGAAACCAGGGCCAGCCCCCGUUGACCCUGGGAAACCAAACAGUGAAAACCCAGCCAAGAAAGUGGCAGUGGUUGACAAGACCAUUGACGACUCCAUCGAUGCUGUAAUCGCCCGCGCAUGCGCCGAACGAGAUCCUGAUCCGUUUGAGUUUUCUUCAGGGUCGGAAUCAGAGGGGGAUAUUUUUACCAGCCCGAAAAGACUUUCUGUGUCCGAGAUGACGACACCUAAAGCUUCCGUUUCGGCCAACAGUAGUUUGAAUAAGUCAGGGGCCACCCCAGUUCCUCCCUCUGGUGGAACUUCAAGCUCAGACAUUUCAUGGACGAUGGAUGACUCAAUCGACGAGGUCAUCCGAAAGGCAAACAUGGGCGCGCCUGCAAAUUUGCCGGCCAGCUUUUCUUAUUUCUCAUCUCCUUCCGCUUCUCCGCCAACUCCAGAGCCCCUGCUCAAGGUUUAUGAGGAGAAAACUAAGCUGGCGUCGUCCGUAGAGGUGAAGAAGAAGCUGAAGAAAGAGCUGAAAACAAAAAUGAAGAAGAAGGAGAAGCAGAAGGAGAAGAACAAAGAGAAGAGCAAAGAUAAGGAGAAGAACAAAGAGAAAGACAAGGAAGGCGGCAGAGAAGGGAAGUGUCCCUGGAAGGAUCUGAUGAGAGAUGAGGAUUUGGAUCCCUUCAAAUUCAAAAUGAAAGACUUUGAUGACGAAACAAAAGUGAAGCUAAAAGAGGGCGGGACCAAAAAAGAGCGGGAGAAGCACAAGGAGAAGAAGAAAGAUAAGGAGAAGAGCAAGAAGGACAAAGAGAAGAAAGAGAAAGCGAAAGACAAAAGCAAAGACAAGAUGAAAGCUGCGUCGGCGCCACUUCUCCUGCCUUCCAAAGAUCUCCCCUUGCCCUUGUUCAGCACCCCGGCCGCCCUGAAGCUCCCCUCCAUGCUGCCCCCCCUCUCCUCCCUGCUGCCCGACAAGCUGUUUGAGGAGAAGGAGAAGCCUAAAGAGAAGAAGAAGGACAAGAAGGAGAAGAAGAAGAAGAAAGAGCGGGAGAAGGAGAAAGAGAAGAAGGAGAAGGAAAAGGAGAAGAAGGAGAAGGAGAAGAAGGAGAAGGAAAAAGAGAAGCACAAGCACGAAAAGCAGAUCAAAGUGGAGCCUGUCGUUCCCGCACCAUCUCCGGUCAUCCCCAGGCUGACGCUGAGAGUGGGGGCUGGUCAGGACAAGAUCGUCAUCAGCAAAGUGGUAACGACACCGGAGGCUAAACCAUCCUCUCUCCUGGUUCGGCCCAAAACGCCGCCACCUCCCCCAUCCCCGACACCGGCUCCUGUCCACGUACCCCCUCCUCCGCCUCCGGUCAUCCCGCCGCUGCCUCCAGCCACGAUUUCCCCGGCUCUGAUUCCUCCUCCGUCUCCUGCGAUGUCCGCCGCUGGAGGCUCCAAAGCCCCCGUCCGAAGCGUGGUCACGGAAACCGUCAGCAAUUACGUGAUCCGAGAUGAAUGGGGCAACAAGAUCUGGAUCUGCCCGGGCUGCGAGAAGCCAGACGACGGCAGUCCGAUGAUCGGCUGCGACGACUGCGAUGACUGGUAUCACUGGCCUUGCGUUGGAAUUACGGCAGCUCCCCCCGAAGAAAUGCAGUGGUUCUGCUCCAGGUGUGCCAGCAAGAAGAAAGAUAAAAAACACAAGAAGUGGAAACACAAAGCCCACUGAAGUCGUCGCAGAGAUUUCCCGGACUGUCGCUUCAGCACUUCUGCCCCGACUUCUUUUGUGGAGGAAUUCUGCCGCCCCCGUCCGUCACCAUCAAGUUUCCGGGAUUGUGAUUCUUGCAAGAAUCCCGAAGAAGCAGAUAUGGUCUGUUAUGAGCCGGCUUUUUUUCUCUCUUUUCUUUCUUUUUAGCCUCCACUCCCAUCAUCAAAUGACUCAGGCCUCGACCAAGAAUUGUCUGCCACGGACUCACCGGCUGAAAAGCCACGGACCGAGCGGCUCUUACAUGCCAGCAGGCGCAUUGGCAUUUGUAAAUACCGCUGCCCUGCCCCGUCUUGUCUGUCCUUCUUCCGAGCCCCUACCCAGAGAAACGGGAAAGGGUUUGCAAAUCCAAGCAGCCGUCUUAGGAGAGCCGCUCGGAACGAUUCCGAAAGCUCGCCGCUCCCCAUCCCGCAGUCGGAUAAUCCUAAAUGACACAGGGAGGGGGUGAAGCGGCUGGUAAAUAUUUUUGUGAUAAGAACAUAUGGAGCUUUUCUUCUCUCUUUUCUCCCGCUCCACCCCCCCCCCCUCCCCUUUUGG